GUUUCAGCUUGCGUAAACAGUUUUUGAUGACAUCAAACGUAAACAUUCUUCACCGCUUGUGAUAGCAUUUUUUAAUUUUUAAGAAUGUCGAAGCAAUUUGUUGGUUUUUCUGACGACGAUAUUUAUAAAAUCACCCGGCAAACCAAUGGCAAAGAUUCAGCAAAGAACAUUUCGCGUCCCCAUCAAAAGCCCGUUCGGCUAGGCGAGAAAAAACCUCCCGCGAAAUCGGUUCCAGCAAAAGAGCAUGUGCAAACGCAGCCCGCCGACAGCAGUACAACCACCAGUUGCGUCGAUUCUAGCAUUUACCCAAACCAUCCGAUUCAACAGGCGGUCGCAUUCAAACCGUUGCCCGCCAUGAUGAACGCACCGGAAGAUGAAUCCAUACUGAUACUGCCGAAACAACUGUCGGGCGGUGUGAGUUUGAUGCCUGGUAGCGCUGCUGGUGCAGCUGUUCACACGGUGGUGCCGGAUAGCCCAGUGUUAGAGGGAUUGCCUGCAUCUACUCCGAUGACGAAAGGUUCCACUCCGGAUUCGGCUACUCCCUUCAAAGGAAUGUCCCUGAAGGAUUUCGAACAGCAAAGGAAACUCAUGCAGGAGCAGAACCGACAAAAACGCGACAUGCUGCAAAAAGUUAUAGAACAACAUGCACAAAAGACUGCUGCUGAAGCUAACAAGCUGCAAGAAAUCAAAACGGAAUUGGGCAAAUUGGACUCGGAGUUAGCAACUGAUGUAGCAAUUCUUAGAAAACAGAUAGAUGCUGCCAGUCUACACUUUUCUAACGUUGAGAAAAAUUACCUCAACAUCGAAAAUCUCUUCCUCAAAGCGAAAGUUGAACUGCACCAGGCUCUUGAGCGUAAGGAAAUGCUAACCGAGCAUCUUUGUACGAUCAUUUCGCACAAUGAAGAACGCAAGGCAAAACGCCUGUCGGAACUGAUGGAAAAGGUCGGCCUAUCUUUGAAUGGAGAAUUUGACGAUAGCAGUAUCAACGGUGAUUCGAAUGCGUCCAGUGUUUCCUCUACGGUUGAAACGCCGCAAAAGUGAUCCAUAAAUGUAAUGCGUGGAAUAGCAACUGCCUUGAUGUGACGUACUAACCGAUGAUAAGCAACAAAUAACCAAAAAUACGAAAGCAAUAUGUGAACUUGUAUUAUCCUUGCAUUUAGCGUGGAAGGUUUUAUUUCUAGGAAUGCACUUAUUCCAACUGUAUUCUACUGAUUAUUUUACUUUUCCUGAAUCUUUUAAUAGCUACUAUUGAAUAACCAUUUAACUUAUUGCUCAUCUAAAGUUUAUCUUAAAUAAGUACACUAUAUUUUUCACUAUUUUCUAAAUAUUUGUUGCACAGUAGGUACGAAAAGCGUUUAACGACAGACAACAAACUUACAAAUGAACAAAUAUGAAACACAAAUUUUCGAUAGAUCGUGAGAAACCUUGACAAGGUGCUAUUGUGAAUGAUAUUUUAAUGUUCCAAACGUAUUAUACAACAUUGACAAUGAUAGCAAUAGACGUAAUGGGAAAGCUGAUACAUAUUUACUCCUCAAAUACGAUACAUUUUAUACUAUAAAAUAAAAACAGUUAUGUCAACUAUUAAGAAUAA